CAUCUGAAACCCUUUAACCCGUCGAUAAACCCCUCUUAUCCUCUCAAAACUUCACCUACUCUUCUCUUUUUCCCUUUUUUGCCUCUCCACAAAUUGAGGCACUCAAGAAAAAAUCCUCUCUUUUUCGCUAUCUUAACCAUACCUUUUUUCAUUUCACUAUCUUCAUCAUCAUCGACAUAGACUGGUUUUGUUGAGGUUUAUUUGUGAUGGAAAACGGCGAGGAAGUACUUGGCGAAGCCCGGAUAGGGGAGAGGAAUGGUGUGGUAGAUGAGAUUGUUGAAGUGCAGCCGGAGGAUAAAGCAGCUGUGGGGUUACAUGUAUCCAAGGAAUCGGAAGGGGAUGAUGUAUUUGAGGAGGCAAUAGAGCCAGAGACUCCUGGUGUUGGUGUUGAAGAUGGAGUUCUUAAUUGUUCUCUUGAGGACAAUGGGAACUCUGAGUCAAGGGAUGAUGCUGAGAACUUUGAGGAAGCAGUUGAAGCUUUGCAUGAGAUACAACAUGCUGAUGAUGAGUCUAAUCAGAAGGCAGAUAAUAACUCGACUCAGGAGCCGUCAGUUGAGAAGCAAAAUUAUCAGGAAAUCGCAGCAACGGAUGAAACAGAAGUGGUUGAGCAGAAUAUCAUAGUAGAGAAGGGUAAAGAUGACAUUGCUGAGGUUGCUGAUCUGGGUGCUGCUGUAGAAACUGAAACUUCAGCAAAUCGGGAUGAAAGGAAAGAUAAGUCAGGUGAACCAGCUGAAUUUGAGGAGGGAGUUUCCAAUCAUGUGAACUUGGGAGAAACUCAAAGUCAUGAUGAUGCGAAGGAAACAAAUUCUGAUCUACAGGAUCAAGAGGUUCAUGGAAAAUUGGACACUCAGGAUGUUAAUGAGGCAAAAGGGGGUAAUAAUGUUCUGCAGAACCAGGUUCUUUCUUACAAAGAUGCUUUGCUGCAUGAGGAAAAGAAUGUUGAUGUGAUUGAAACAUCUGCUGUUCAGCGAGCUGGGCAUCAGGACACCGAUGAAGUCCAAAACAAUGUCACAGUUAGUUCUGGCUCUGUGCUGAAAGAUGAUAGAUAUACUGAUGUUAAGGAUGAAGAGCAGAAAAAUAUUUCCCCUAAUGAUGCUUCCACUAAUGGUCACCUCGGAGAAAGCUUGAACCCAAGUGAUGAACUCAAAGGAGAAGCAGGGCCUAGUCCAGAACGAAUGAAUGGUUAUAAUAUGAAUGAAGAGCAGAUAGAUGUAGAAAAAACAAUGCCUAGUCCAGAACCAGUUAAUGGUAGUAAUAAGGAUGAGGAGCAGCAGAUAGAUGGAGUAAAAGCAGUGGAUAGUCCAGAACCAGUUAACGGAAGUAAUAAGGAUGAAGAGCAGCUGAAAGAUGGAGUAAAAGCAGUGUGUAGUCCAGAACCAAUUAAAGGAAGUAAUAAGGAUGAAGAGCAGCAGAUAGAUGAAGUAAAAGCAGUGCAUAGUACAGUACCAGUUAAUGCUAGUAAUAAGGAUGAAGAGCAACAGUUAGAUGGAGAAAAAGCAGUGUGUAGUCCAGAACCAGUUAACAGUAGUAAUAGGGAUGAACAGCAGAUAGAUGGUCCAGGCGACGACGCUGUUUCUACUCUACAAGGAGGAACCUCCCCCUUAAAGACAGAAGUGCCAGAAAAAGAAUCAACUGGUCCAGAACCAAUAGCCCCGGGGUACAUGGUGGAACAGAAAGACAUUCUGAGCGGUGAUGCUACUGAUCAUCAAGGACUGAAAUCAAACGAGUCGCCUACUGUGGGACCAGGAAAUUUGUAUGACAGGACCAAUGAGCAGAAAAAUGUUUCUGUUUCUGGCACUUCAGCUUCUGAGAACCAUACUGAAACUACUGCAGAUGAUGAAAUAUCUAAAUCUUCAGAAGUGUUACCGUAUGACAAUCAUGAGAAGGUCUCGAAGGUUUCUCAAGACGUAGGUGUUGGAGUCGAUCAUGAGAAGGUCUCGAAGGUUUCUCAAGAUGCAGGUGUUGGAGUCGAUAAAGUUGUAAUGAAGGAAUCGGUGAAAUCAGUUGUCGUAGAGGACCUAAAACAAAGUGUGCCUAGGGUUACCCAGCCAGAAGCCAAAUCUGCAACGGAAUACCCGUCAUCUUCUAGUGCAUCUGCAACUCGGGUGUCGGCACCUGUUCGACCUGCUGGCCUCGGUCGUGCUGCCCCGCUGUUGGAACCUGCUCCCCGAGUGGUUCAGCAGCCUCGUGUAAAUGGAACAGCAUCUCCUGCACAAAACCAGAUUGUUGAAGAAUCCACAAAUGGAGAGGCUGAUGAAUAUGAUGAGACACGUGAGAAGCUCCAGAUGAUAAGAGUCAAGUUUCUGCGUCUAGCUCACAGGAAUGGGCAGACUCCACAUAAUGUGGUUGUUGCCCAAGUCUUGUAUAGAUUGGGAUUGGCUGAACAGCUGCGGGGAAGAAGUGGAGGUCGUGUUGGUGCUUUUAGUUUUGAUCGUGCAAGUGCUAUGGCUGAGCAACUUGAGGCAGCUGGACAAGAACCCCUGGACUUCUCUUGCACAAUAAUGGUUCUUGGAAAAACAGGUGUCGGUAAAAGUGCCACCAUAAAUUCGAUAUUUGACGAAGUUAAGUUUGGCACUGAUGCUUUCCAGAUAGGGACAAAAAAGGUUCAGGAUGUUGUUGGGACUGUGCAGGGAAUCAAGGUUCGGGUAAUUGACACUCCUGGGCUUCUGCCUUCCUGGUCAGACCAGCGCCAGAAUGAGAAGAUCCUUCAUUCUGUCAAACGAUUUAUUAAGAAGACGCCCCCAGAUAUUGUUCUGUAUCUUGACAGGUUGGAUAUGCAGAGCAGAGAUAAUGGUGAUAUGCCAUUAUUGAGGACAAUUACUGAUAUUUUUGGACCAUCAAUAUGGUUUAAUGCCAUAGUUGUUCUGACGCAUGCUGCAUCAGCUCCACCUGAAGGCCCUAAUGGUACUGUAACAAGCUAUGACAUGUUUGUAACUCAGCGGUCUCAUGUUGUCCAGCAAGCAAUACGUCAGGCUGCUGGAGAUAUGCGCCUUAUGAAUCCUGUUUCGCUAGUUGAAAAUCAUUCAGCAUGCAGGACUAACAGGGCUGGACAGAGGGUGUUGCCUAAUGGACAGGUUUGGAGGCCUCACUUGUUACUUCUAUCAUUUGCAUCAAAAAUUUUGGCUGAAGCAAACACGUUGCUUAAAUUACAAGAUAGUAGCCCACCAGGACAGCCUUAUGCUGCUAGAACAAGAUCCCCUCCUUUACCUUUCCUGCUGUCAUCCCUUCUACAGUCAAGGCCACAGGUUAAACUACCAGCAGAGCAAUUUGAUGAUGAUGAUGAUGCUUUAUAUGAUGAUCUGGAUGAGUCUUCAGAGUCAGAAGAUGAAUCAGAAUAUGAUCAACUGCCACCUUUCAAACGCUUGACCAAAGCUCAGCUGUCAAAGUUGUCCAAAGAGCAAAAGAAGGCAUAUAAUGAUGAGUUAGAAUACAGGGAAAAGCUUUUUAUGAAAAAGCAGUUGAAGGAGGAGAGGAAGAGGCGGAAGAUGAUGAAGAAAAUGCAAGCUGCAGCUGAAAAUUUACCACCAACUGAUCCCAGCGAAAAUGCAGAUGAGGAGACUGGUGGUGCAGCAUCAGUGCCAGUACCCAUGCCAGACUUGGCAUUACCUGCUUCAUUUGAUUCUGAUAAUCCAACUCAUAGAUAUCGAUAUCUCGAUUCUUCAAAUCAGUGGCUUGUGAGGCCUGUCCUAGAACCUAAUGGUUGGGACCAUGAUGUUGGUUAUGAGGGCAUCAAUGUAGAAAGAUUAUUUGUUGUCAAAGACAAGAUCCCUAUAUCUUUGUCCAGUCAGGUUUCAAAGGAUAAAAAAGACACCAAUCUUCAAAUGGAACUUGCAAGUUCGGUGAAGCAUGGGAAUGGAAAAGCAACUUCUUUAGGUUUUGAUAUGCAGUCAGUUGGUAAAGACCUAGCUUAUACUCUUCGCAGUGAGACCAGAUUCUGCAAUUAUAGGAAGAAUAAGGCGACAGCUGGUCUUUCAGUAACUCUCUUAGGUGAUGUUAUGACAGGUGGGGUGAAAGUUGAGGACAAAUUGACUUUUAAUCGACGGGGAUCAUUGGUCGUGUCUGGGGGAGCCAUGUUUGGCCGUGGUGAUGUUGCUUAUGGUGGUAGUUUGGAAGCGACGCUGCGAGACAAAGAUUAUCCUCUUGGUCGUUUCCUCUCAACCUUGGGGCUCUCGGUUAUGGACUGGCAUGGAGAUCUUGCUAUCGGAUGCAACUCACAAACCCAGAUACCCAUUGGACGAUACACAAACUUGAUUGGCCGUGUCAACAUUAACAAUAAGGGAUCUGGACAAGUCAGUAUUCGUUUGAACAGCUCAGAACAGCUUCAGAUCGCUUUGAUAAGCUUAAUUCCACUUGUCAGAAAGCUGAUUAGCUACUCUCAACCAGCUCAAUUUGGAUGAUGAUGAAACUACAACAAUUCAGUAACUUACAAAUCACUUCUAUAGUGGGCAUUAGCUGAUCGGCAUCACAGAACAUGAACUUUUAUUUUCUUGUGAAGAAAGGAAGGACUUGCAUUAUUUGGCUUCACGAGGGAAAGUGUUUUCCAGAUUAUCCAAAGGCAUUUCAUUGUAACCUAAGAAGAGUUUAGCUUACGCUCGUCUUGAAAUUCCGGUUUUGUUUAUUAUAAUGAUGCUGAGAUUGGCUGUGCUUGUAAACUUGAUCGGGUUAUCCUCCUAGACUGAAACUUUUGAGUCUUGUUUAGUUAGGUUUUUAAGUAUUGAUGAUGAAAAAUGGGUUAACGGAAUA